AUGGAAGAUAUUACAAAAUACCUAAAUAAUUAUACUCCUAAAGAGAAAAAGACUAAUCAACAAACGAAAAAAAGAAGCCAAAAUAAUAAAAACACAGACAUUCAAAUUAGUGAUAUUGAAGAUAAUGAAUUUGACA